CUACGGCAGUUGGCUACGGGCCGUAGUGUCGGCGCUACGCUGCCGCUACGCCGUGCUACGAACUACGCGGUUGGGUAAACACGUGCGCGCUCUCGUAUUUAUUAUUAUCUGUGCUGCAUAGUCCAGUGGAGAGUUCUCUAAAUUAAUAGUUUUUCUGUGUUUCAUAUAUUAUUUUCAUUUUGGCGUUACGAGUUUAUCUUACGUGGUUGUCAAGAAACAAAAAAUACAUUACAAAUAAUUUAUGGACAGUUUCCAAAAAGAGUAUAGUCAGUGACUUUUAGUGUUGACCCUCUGUACUGUUGUGAGCGUGAUAAGAACAAUGUACUCUUCAAUGUGGUUUAUGAGCAUCGUGGCUCUGCUCGUGGUGGAUGUCAGGACUGGGGCCUUGCAGGAUGGCGAUAUACGUCCGAGCCGGUGCCACGCGUGUGCUCUCGGGAACGGGACCACAUGUGAUGGCAAUUGGCCAUCUGUCGCCUGUCCCGACGAUAGACCACUGUGUGCCACUGUCGCCAUCGCUCCUGAUUUCGUUUCAUCGCUGGCGUGUGCGGCCGCCACAAAGACACCGUGUUCAAUAAGGAACCAUGUGAAUAAUUCAAUUGAAUUGACAUGUGUAUGUCACACCCAGCUUUGCAACACGCCGUUUACUCCCGAAUUGCGACAUGAACUCCUUAAUUUCACGCUGCCUGCAGCGAACAGUACUGUAGAUAUGGCGCUAAUAUUCUUCCAAACAUCAAAGUUUGCCAACUUUACGGACGACAAUCUCUACAAAGCUAUAACAAUUGAGUUAAGUGAAACGACGACGAUUAUUUCGAGAAAUUUGUCGCAAACGACAACAAUGGUGACGGUCCCCGGGACAAUAAGCACUCAGACUACAUUGAGAGACGUGGAGAAGCCGAGGGCCGAGCCUUUGAAGCAGGAGCCGACGGCGCCGUCUGACGACGACGAGGACGAGGGUGAGGGCAGCGGCGCGGACGAGGAGGCGCGCGUCCACAACCACGCCGCAUCGGCCCCGGCCGCCCCGAGCUCCUUCCUCCCCGCCAAAGAGAACAGCGCACCUCCUUUAUACACAAACUUACUCCUCACUACAUUAUUCACAUACCUCCUAGUCUAGACGCAAAUUAAAACAACCCUAGGUGUAUUCAAAAUUUUCUCUAAUAAGUACAAUAAUAUUAAGAGAGUAAUUUAUGAAUUAUACCCAGAGAAUUUAACUGAUACUAGCGUUGACCUGUUGGGAACAAAUAAGUACGUUUUGUAACUUCACGUAUUUCAACCUCCUUUUGAUUUACGAAGCUAAGGGCGGUUAGACUAUUAAGUACACUAUUUAGUGUUUAAGUGCCACUUAGAGUUAUGUUAUCCUGCCAUUUACUGUUUUAGUAUACAAAAUUAUGAAUAAAAGCUCAAAAUUUAAACCUAUGAAACAACGCCUCUACUCCUCUUAUACAAUGUACACGCAGUCGUAAUAAUUGUAAGAAAUAGGACACUAUAAUAAGCACUUUCUGCUUUGAUCCUAAAGAAAUGUUUCAUAUUAUUUGUCCCAUCUUUUACCUAACUGUAGGUACCUAUCGCCUUCACAUUUCCAAAUAAAUUUGUGAUACGUUAGAUCCUUGUGCCAAAUAUAAUAUUGUAAAUACUAAUGAGGUUAUUUGAUAUAGAGUUUCGUGUUCAACAAAUUAGAAUUGACUACGUAAUCUUUUUGAACAAUCACAGACGUAUUUCAGUAGAUAUUAUUGACUUACAAAUGAAAUUCCACAAUUCUCUAAACAAGAAUUCAUGUACUAUCAACAAAAGUGAUCGUGACUGACUUACUUUUAUUCAUUAAACGAAUUAAAAAUAUGGAAACUAAUACUAAAAAUAAGCAAAGAAGAUGUUGAACACCAUACUAUCAAUGAUAUCGAGUCAAGCAUCAUAUUUGUUGACAGUACUCACUCAAGAUUUGAUUGUACAUACGAGUACUUAGCUAAUAGUUGAGCAACUCUUAUUAAAGAAGUUUGGCUAUAUACAUACUUCACUGAUCGAUUUUUAAUAUGAGAAUGUAAUAAAAGUGAUAAAAAUGUAAUUUUAUUAGGAUAAUAUUGGUAAACCAACUUCUUGGGAGUGGAACUCGCAAGAAACAGGAAAGAUAAGUUCUUUAACAGGAUUUUUCUUAUUUUUAUCAGACUUUAAGGUAAUGUAUUUAUUUUGAGUAAUGGGACAGGUGUACCAAGUUACUAAAACUUGUAAUGAUAAUUCUGUUUAUUAUAUGUACUAACAUUUCGAGACACACAUUUAUUAUUUUGUUUCUAUAAUUAUUAAACGAUUGUGUCUUAAGUACAAUGUAAUCUCUUUGAGACACACACAUGCAGCUCCGAUAUUAUCAUGUCUAGAGUAAGAAACUCGAAAUCAUAAAAAAAUCGACCAGAGACGACUUAGUAGACGAUAACUUGUAGAAACGAAAAAUGAAUUUUAUUAGAUUCAAAGUAUGGAUACACUUUUAAAUAUUUGAAGCCUGUAAUAGUCUGAAACAUAGUAAAACAUAUUGCGGCCACAAACUCCUUUAUCCAUACUUAUAGAUAUAGCGUCAAUUAAUAUCACCAUCGAUCUAUUGUUUUAAAAAACAUGUUGUUGUGAUUUAUUAAAUAAAUAAAUAAAAAUAGCAACCUU